GUGUUGGGUGAGUUGGUUGGUUAUGGUGAGUUACGUGGGACAUCCUAUAUAAUAGUUCUUGUAUGUGAUCCGCCUUGGCUUCGUCCCCUCUUCGAAGCUCCCUUUCCUUUUGGAAUCAAGAAUAAUCCUAGGGAAUCAAUCUCCCUUCGUCUUCUCUCUCAUAGUUUUCUGUAAUUUUAUCCCUUUCCACACAUAUAUACUGAAAUCUAGUCGGUAGAGUAUAUAAUUAUCUCUCCGUUUCUCUAUUUUUUACCAUUUUCUUGACCCCUUUUCAACCCUAACUUCACCAUAUGGCUACAGUUGUCGAGUUUGAAUCUCCACAACUCGUCAACGACAUUCAAGAUCUAUUCAUUGAACCCCAGAACAAAAUGAAGAGCACAACUGAGGAAACAUCCCGAGUUGGGUGCGAGAAUAACCAUCAUGGGAUUUGUGCUGUUUGUUUGAAUAAGAUAGUGCUUCAAGAAACUGCCCUUGUAAAAGGUUGCGAGCAUGCCUACUGUGUGACUUGUAUCCUUCGCUGGGCUACCUAUAAAGAGGAACCAACAUGUCCUCAGUGUAAGCAUCCAUUUGAGUUUCUCUACAUCCAUCGCUCACUUGAUGGAAGCCUUCAGGACUACAUGUUUGAGGAGAGUGUUUGCCUUCUCCUCAGGGCAUCAUGGUUUAAACCUUUGAUUGUGGAGGAAAAGACGGAGAUUGAUGAUGACAUGGAUGACUUGUACAUGUAUGAUAAUGCAGAUGAUGAUUUUACAGAAGAUUAUUUCAUUAGCAGUUCUUCAAGACUCCGUAUAGGCAAUAGACGAUGGGGAGACAAUGGAUAUGUCAGUGCAGGAAGGCAAGAAGCGAGGCCUGUUUAUCGACCAAACCCUCAGGAAUCGGGUGCUGGUUCUUCCCGCGAGCCCAAUAAGGAGACUGCUGGUUCUAAAGAACUUGUUGGGCGGCGUGCCAAGAGGGCACUGAAGCGUGAAGCUGCUGAUAAGGCGGCCGCUGAGAAGCACCAGCAGCGUUUGGUGAGGAUGGGUCGAAAGUGAGUUCUGCUCCUGAACGACGACCCUAAAGAUCAUGACUUCAGGAAUCGUGCCGCCCUGUACAUAUUUCACUUCUUUUAUUUGUAAAAUAAUUGACACAGUAAAGAUGCUGGAUUUACUGGUAAAUGGUAUGGACCAUGUUCAUACCCUGUUGUCAAUUCCAGAUACAUAUAAUCAUUGACAAAUGGAAAAGGAAGCUCCUUGUUUCCCCAAUAAAUGUACAUUGUUAGGUGAA